AUGUCCUCGAAGAAGAAAAAGAAGAGAAAUCAUUCCGGAAAUACGUUAACGGAACAGAAAGCCAACUCCCGUCCUCACUGGAAAUUGCUUCCACUUGAGGAACCAGAUGUCUCAAGGAUAUUGAAGUUAGCGGGAACAAAUCAACUCGAGGAGCUUGACGAUUCAUUUGAUCACCCUUUGCACAGUACUGCUGUGGAUGCUUAUGGAGAGGAACAUUCACAAAACGAGUCACUUGGUCAUGUUUCAGCUCCACAAAGGAAAAAUACAGAAACAAGUCAAAAAAUGCAUCGCUCAACAACGUCUGAUGGUGAUGUUCAGAAAUUCAACACGGCUGAUCCUGAAGAUCAGCCCCGUAAGGAGAACACGAAGGCUCUGAAUACUACUCGAUUCCAGGCAGAAAAGAAGAGGCCUUCAGAGGAGAACAUAUCAGAUCCUUCUGUGGAUAGCCCAUGUUCUGUACAGGUUUGGUGUCCCAAAGAGCUGAAGAGAUCUCCUAGAGAUAUUACAGAAUUGGAUGUUGUUCUGACUGAAUUUGAGAAGAUAGCAGCAAAUUACAGACAAAGCAUGGAAUCAAACAGUUGCAGAAAAGCUGUCAAUGGCUUCUGUUCUGCUUUCAAGGACCAAGUCACUGAUCUUAUAGAGCAAGUCCAGGAACUAAAGAAUAUGAAGAAAAAAAAUGCCAAGGUAAUAACAGACAUCAAAAAGAAAAGGCAGCAACUGUUGCAACUCAGAGAAGAGCUAAUUGGAGCUGAACCAAAACUGCUACAACUACAAAGAGAAUAUGCUGAGAUAGAGGAAAGGAAAUCUUCCUUGAGGCAAGCAACUGAAUUACUUACUGAUUUAAAGGAGCUACAGCAAGACUGUUUGGAUUAUAGAGAAGAAAACCCAAAAGAAAAAUGGGUAUAUGGAACUUCCAGCCUCCCUGCUCUUCUGGUGGAGUCGCGGAGAAUUCUGGGAGCAGAAAGACACUUUCACAAGAUUAAUACGAAACUGGAAGAGGCUCUGGCUGUACAAAGAGGGAAGUUAUGA